AUGACUACACUUAGUUUCGGACCAACUUUCUUCCCAAGCUAUAAAGCUAUGGCCAAAACAGAUCUUGAUGAGGCUACUACAACCGCAAACACUAACCUUCUCGUUCAGUCGCCAGCCCAAAUCAAAGCUGCCAAACAAAAGAUGUUUACGGAUUUUGCGAGUUUCACUUGUUUCUCAUCGACCACAAACAAUGGUUUGACUACCUACACCAACUUUAUCCAACAGGCCGCUCAAACUGUUUUCAAUGGUAAUAUGCUCUAUAAUGCCGAUGCCAAUGUAUUGACUCUGCUUGGAAUUACCAAACCGAAAAUCGAUGUUCUACAAGCCUCAUUAUUUAGUGAUGCCGCCUCAAAGACAUUCUAUCAAAGUUACGCUGCCAUCUACUUCCCCUAUGCUCUCUACAACGCAGGUGACUCAUUUGCAACCGCAAACUUUAAUAUCACCGCCAUUCAGAAUUCUCUAAAUACUCUCUCGCAAUCGGCAAUCUUUGCCGCUCAAACAAUGUUGUGCACUUCCUACGCAUUCAAAGCUCACUACACAGGAAUGAUCGGCUAUAUGAGUGCUACACCGGUUAAGUCUGCCAAUCAAUAUGCCAAACACGUAACCAACGCUACCUAUCUAAAGAACUUUAUCACUAAGCAUGCUUCCGAUAACGAUCUAAGCUCCUACUUUAGAGAUAUCACUGAUAUCAAGACGUUGUUAGACACCUUGGAUCCAACUGGAACUGCUUCUCAGACUGCCGUCAAUGGUUUGAAUGGAGCGAUGUUCAUUCACUACUUUGGUGAUAACAAUUCAUUUGCAAAUACCAUUCUCGUUCAAUCGAUUCAGAACCAACAUAUUCUGAAUGUGCUCACUUCGUUGCAAGCUCUUCAAACCACUGCUGCAGCUGCAACUCCACCAACUACGCCACCUGGCUAUGUCACUGUUGCAAUGAGUUUAAUCAAUGCACUCGGAGGUUUCACUGGUGCCGUUACAUACAUCCAGAGUGCCAUCCAAGGUCUACAACAACAGAUUAUCUCUUACAAGCUGGGAGCUCAACUAUCGACGGUCUUGGAAAACUAUGGCGGAAAGUUGUCAACCAUUCUUCACCCUCAUUUGGAUCCAAAUUUCACCAUUACCGUUAACGUUAAGAAACUAUUGGUUUCCCUUUGGAGAUCUUCACAGAUCGCCGUAAUUGGCUAUGGAAUUGCCAAUUGGAACAACAUGUCCACCUUUGAUAAGACAUUGAUGGUCGGUACUGAUAUCGCUAUUUUUGCUGACAUUCUGACAUCGAUCAAAACAGUUGACAAAGUUGUUACUCACUUCUUCUCGGUUGUUGGUAAGACACUCACCAACAACGUAAUAAAAUAUAUGCCAAGUGUAAUUGCAAAGGGAGUAUCCAGUGCUUUUCCAACCAUCUUUACUGCAACGGCAUCGGAAUUCAUUCUUGCAAGAUUCUGUCCCGUAUUGGUUCUUGGAUCGGCUGUUCUAAAUGUAAUCGACGUGGUCAACGAUGCUAAAACUGGCAACAUUGGUGCGCUAGUACUUGACUUCGGUCAGGCCGUUGCAAAUCUUGCAACCGUUGGUAUAUUGAUGGCUUCAUUCUCUUGGUCAGGUCCAGUUGCACUUGUACUUGGUGGCGUUGCAGUUAUAUUAGCAUUGAUCAAAUUCAUUGCUCAAAGUAUGCCUUCCGAUGUUUCAAAGACCUAUUGGGAGAAAUAUCUGACUGACAGUACAUUCAAAACAAAUCCAAAUGCAGAGAUCAUCAUUCAACGUUAA